AUGCAGAACUCCUCAGCACAGGCACAGUCACCGGCACCAAGCCUAUCAUACCUUCUUGCGGUCAGCACCCGUCGGCGCAUUGCCUGUAUCGCGAACGUAUACCCAACUGUCAAGGCUCUUCAUCCUAGGGAAGGAAGAAGGAAAUGGCGCCUUCGAGUGGCAAAGAAGUUUUGGGAUAUUCCCGCUGAACGAAAGCCAGCAUACGCCGGGGCACCAGCAUCGGCAGCUUGCGAGGAGACCGACUUCGUCACGGACGACGAUCCGCUUGACGAUAUGUCUGACGAUGCCCCGGGAAUCGGCAUCCUUGUCCGCACUGACUACUCCAACGAGGAAGCCUGGCAGGCAUUCUACGGCAAGCUCCAGGAGAGCGAGGCAGAGUUUGCGUCAGCAGAAUCUCCCGAGGAUGACCCAAUGACUGGAGACGCGCCUCAGCCAGCAGAGGGAAGCUCAAGCUCCGGGCCUGAUAACGACCGCAAUGCAUUGGACGAAGACGACGAGGACGAGGACGAAGAACCGCCGCAAAUCUUCUUCGUUAUUAACGCUCCGCCGGAAGGCCGCGCUCGAUUUGCGAACAUCUCCAACCUGGCAGCCCUACGACUGCUGAAUGACGUGGACGUCCGUGCUGCGCCCUCGCCGCCCGCAGGCACCAAACGUAUCAAGCCGCCAAACAGGCUCGUCGAUCACGACGGCUGGCAGGAGAUAUACACCGGGAAGACAGUUUGGAUAUAUGAUGCGAAGUCGAACGUAGACCAGUGCGUGCGGCUUGUGAGUGGGCACGGAGGGCCGUACGGGACUGCGUCUGGGGACAGCUGGCGCGCCCGCGUGAACCAUAUUUGCGAGCUGCAGGUGAACCUCGCCUCAGGUGCAAUGACGAUCGACUUCGGUGGGAUGGAUAGGUGGGAUUACGAGGAGCGCGUGCGGAAUAUGGAAGAAGCAGUGCAGCCAUUGAGUUAGGUAAGUCCCAUAAUAUGCUGACCAAUGCGAGAGGAUGAAUUGACCGGACACAGACCGGCGUGCGCAUUUACGGCGGGUGCUGUGCUGUGUCUGACGUAGGCCUGCGCAACCCGUUCAAUUGGCGUCCAAGUCAACUGUCUUCAGCGAGUACGGAGCUCACGACGUCGACGUCGCGUAGAAGGCAAAAGUAGUGCCAUUCCUUUGUGGCGUUUCAGAUGGACGUCAACUUUGACGGUGGGACGAAUUUCAUGGUACAACAGUAACAUAAAGAUAGCAUGCAUCGACAUAUAAGGAUAGAAAUGCCAGGGCGGACGGCGACCAGAGCC